AUGUUAUUCGAAGACCUCGCCACAGAGCUCGUGGUGCAGGUGUUUUUAUCCUGCACCUCAGUCACCGACGUAACAGCCCUAUCUUCUACCUGUAAACGUUUCCGUAACAUGUAUUCGUCCUCGCAAAAACUUGCCAUCCUUGAAUCCGCCGCCGAAGCGCAAUUCGGGCCCCUCCACGACCUCACCCAGCUCCUCACCCACAACGCCAGCCAACCAGCCCACAUAUUCCGCUCGGUCCCCUUCUCGCUCGCCCUCCUCACCCAAAUCGUAACGUACGGCCGUGUCGCAGAAAAAUGGUGCGAAAUCUACCCCUUCAAAAAAUGGAAACACAACUUCGAAAGCCGCCGCCUCUUAACACCGCAAGAACGAUAUAACCUAAGAAGAGCAAUCUACCGCAUCUGGCUCUACUCCCGCGCCUUCCACAACCCUGCCCACCCCCGCGAACUCCGUGCCACGCGCCUCGUCCUCCUCAAGCGCGCCGCCCUCCUGCACAACUGGUCCACGUACGACCUCGCCGAGAUAACCGACAUCCACAACGUCAUGCGCGAAGUGGUACAAUCAAACAUAUGCCCCUCCAACGGCACCAUUGCUCGCAAAUUCAAAAAGCGGCACCCGGGAAAUGAACACGGCCUUCUCUUCAAUAUCCACCUUAAUUACCCACCCUCUGCCCCUCAAGCUUUUAACCCCUUCGCUUCGAAUCCCCUCUCCACUCACUUCAACAACACGAAUACGUACACGUCUCGCUUCGCAGCAUCAAAGUACUCGUUGAGCCCCUCGCACGAGGUCGGCGCUGAGGGCUGGGGCGACGAUAUCCCCCAUUACUACGUUGUAGAGGAUUACCUUAAACUUGAUCCGGCACAGAUUUUGUAUCUGAAAGAGAAUGCGCCGCUCAAGGGCAUGGUUGAGGGCUACGUGCGCGGUUUGUGGAAUGAGUAUGAUUGGUUUUCAAAUAAUGGUGAGACGUGGGUGCAGACGCUGGAGUUUGUGCUGGAUGAACGUGGGGAGGAUGUCGGGGAGUUUAUGGAUGCGAUUGCUGAGGGGGAGUUGGGGGUUGCUUGUUGCUGA